CUUAACUCCCCUCACCAGUCACCCCCUGUCCCCCCAGGCAUGACCCCAGCUAUCCCCACUGUGCCACAUGGAUUUGGUGCUCACCAUCCUGGAUGCCCUCGAGUCCCCGGCCCAGGACUGUGGAUCUUCUCUUCCAGGAGAUCCAGAGCUGGCCCGGCUUCCAGGGGACACUGGUGGCACCAAUGCUCAGGUGAGGAGGGGCCCCAGCCAGGGAGCCCGGGAUGGACGUGGGCAGGAGAGGUUGGACAUGGGUCCAGAUGGACACCAGAGCUGUGGAUCCCAGUCUGGAUGGACACCAGAGCCUUGGAUCCCAGUCUGGAUGGACACGGGUCCAGAUGGGCACCAGAGCCUUGGAUCCCAGUCUGGAUGAACACCAGAGCUAUGGAUCCCAGUCUGGAUGGACACCAGAGCCUUGGAUCCCAGUCUGGAUGGACACCAGAGCUGUGGAUCCCAGUCUGGAUGGACACCAGAGCCUUGGAUCCCAGUCUGGAUGGACACGGGUCCAGAUGGGCACCAGAGCCUUGGAUCCCAGUCUGGAUGAACACCAGAGCUAUGGAUCCCAGUCUGGAUGGACACCAGAGCCUUGGAUCCCAGUCUGGAUGGACACAGGUCUGGAUGGACACCAGAGCCAUGGAUCCCAGUCUAGAUGGACACUGGUCCAGGUGGACACCAGAGCCAUGGAUCCCAGUCUGGAUGGACACUGGUCUGGAUGGACACCAGAACCUUGGAUCCCAGUCUGGAUGGACACAGGUCCAGAUGGACACCCGAGCCUUGGAUCCCAGCUGGACAGACCAUGGUCCAGAUGGACACCUGAGCCAUGGAUGUCAGCUGGACUCUGCUCUGGACGAUCCUGGCCCUGCAGCACCCAGCCUGGAUAGCCUCCAGCCCAGAUCACCACCUGCCUGGCCACACCCUGGCCCACCUCACUGGCCCACCAGCACAUCCCAGUAGCCCCAACUCCCAAACCCCCCAAAAUAAACUCAAUUCCAGAACAUCAGUAUCACCAAAGGGCUACUGGGGACAGCUAAAGGUGAUACAGAGACUAUCUUCAGAAGGCAUGAAAAGACACUUUAUUAUUAGAAAUUUACAGUUCUUAUAGAAACAGUGGUGGACCUAAGACUCGAUUGGCUUUUAGGAAUCUUCUCUCACACUGUUG